AUGAAUUACUGGGAUGCAUUUUAUGUAAAGGAACCUAUCAUUAUAUGUGCCUUAAUAUUACAUCUGCGAAAUUUAUGGGUAACUAUCAAAAAUUUAAAAGAUCAUGGAAAUUGCUUGCACCAACUUGCACCAACCACUUGCACCAACGUUACGGAACGGCGAUCCAGAAACGACGACACACCGGUAAAAGUUAACUGUGGGGAUUCAUCACCAUCUGAUGUCAUUAACAUGUCUAGUGAUAACAUGCAAGUAAAUGGACUGCCGCCGUCGGAUUUUGAGCACCGUGGAGGUAAAAAACAAAAUACUUCUACUUUUUCUUUAGAAGAAUUAGGUAAAUUGCUUGACGAUAAAUUGGACACUAAGUUACAAAACACUCGUCACUCAUUAGCUUCGGAAAUUAAACAAGAAUUUAAUGAAGUUUUGAUGAAGUUGGAAAGUGAGUUUUUUGAAAAUAACUGA